AUGGAGGUGCAUCAGUUCCCGUGCCUCAGCGAUAACUACGCGUUCCUGCUUCACGACCCGUCCACGGGGUGCACCGCGGUCGUGGACACCCCCGAGGUGGCGCCGAUCGAGGCCGCGCUGAGAGAGAAAGGAUGGAAGCUGACGCACAUCCUGAACACGCACUGGCACGGCGACCACACCGGCGGGAACGUCGAGCUGAAGCGCGAGCACGCGUGCGAGAUCGUCGGCCCCGCGCGCGAGCGGAAGGGCGCGGACGCGAUCCCGGGGAUGGAUCGCGCGGUGAGCGAGGACGACGUCGUCAAGAUCGGGAACAUCGAGGCGAGGGUCAUCGACGUCCCCGGGCACACCUUGGGGCACGUCGCGUAUUACUUCCCCGCCGAGCGGAAGGUGUUCGUCGGCGACGCGCUCUUCGCGCUCGGCUGCGGUCGAAUGUUCGAAGGGAAAGCGACGCAGAUGUGGAACAGCGUCUCGAAGCUGAUGGCGCUGCCGAGGGAGACGGAGGUGUACUGCGCGCACGAGUACACGCUCGCGAACGCGAAGUUCGCGAUGAGCGUGGAGCCCGGGAACGACGCGCUGAGCGCGAGGGCGAAGGAGGUGGAAGAGAAGCGAGCGAGAGGGGAGUGGACGGUGCCGACGACGAUCGGACUCGAGUUGGAGACGAACCCGUUCUGUCGCCCGCACAGCGACGAGAUUCGCAGGAACGUGGGGUUAGUGGACGCGGACGACGUCGCGGUGUUCAAGGAGACGCGGAAGCGGAAGGACAACUUCUGA